GGGCGGCUCGUUUAGCUAAUUAGGGGCCGGGGGGCUAAAAAAAGCUCCGGCAGAUGAAAAAAGCUCUCAGCGCCGCUCCGCUAAUGCCUUCCCAGAAGCCCUCCGAGCGCGGCCCUAAUGAGCCAGACCCUAAUGAGCUGGGCAUUAAUGAGCAGGACCCUAAUGAGCCAGGCUGAGCCCGCUCGGGGUUGGCGUCACCGCUCACUGCUCCCUCCUCUGGGAUCCAGACCCCAUUGGGGUGUAGGGGCAGGGGGCACGGAGCUGCCCACCAGGAGUGGGAAGGGGCACGGGGGGCCUGCACCCCAUGUGUGGGGUGUGGGGGACCCCACAGUGCGGCUGGGGACACCCCAGCGGGGUGAGAGGCUGCCCAGGGGCAGAGGUGCUGCCUCCAAGCGUGCCCAGCUCACGCCAGGCUUUGCUUCAGCUUUGGGUUUGGGAGCAGUGCUUGAGUGUCCCGGCACCCAGAGGCUCGAGGAGCCACAAUGGGGCCAUGGAAGAUGCCAUCGGGGCUGGAGGCUGCUGCUGGUCGUCCUCGCCGUGGCGGAGAGCAGCCCUGGGUGUGCAGGGAGCCCGGAGGUGCCACAGGUUGUGGAAAGGAUCGAGGAAGGAGAGGUGCUGCUAGCGCAGAUGGGAGCCCCGAGGCCCUGCAGACGGGGAGCGGAGGCUGCAAAUGGGCUCUGAGCCGUGGCUGGGCUCGCGCCAGGAGCUAGGGACGGGCAAUUUGACCCUCAAAAUGCAGCAGAGAGCUCUGGGUGCCUCAGGAGAGCAGCGCUGAUGUUUGAUCCCUUCUCCAAAGCACGGCGAGGGAUGAUGGAGCAAGGCCGGGCACAACCGGAGGCACCUCCGGCACAGGGCAGCCGGGACCUCGCACCCCUGGGUGGCCACCCCUGGAUUUUGGGGCAGGUGGGGCUGAGCUCCUCGCCGUAGCCCCACGCAGGAGCCCCCCCUCCCACGCACCGCCCGCCUCUCCGGCCAGCCAAAGCCCCGUUUCCAGAGCAGCCCACCUCCCCGCUGGUUAGCGGAGUCACGCGGCCACGGCACUUAAUUAGCAGGGAGCCGAUAUAAAUUCCCGUAAGCAUGUGGGGAGGGCGUCGAGGCGGAGAGCGAGCCUGGCGGAGCAGCGCGCCCGGAGCCCCUCUGUGCCCGGAGGAGGUCACCCCAGGACCAUGCUGAACGUGCUGCUGCUGUGUUACGGGCUGCUGCAGGGCAUCCAGGCCAUCCUCACCUCGGACCUCAGCCACGGCCACCUGCAGAAGAUGAGCACCGGGCUGUACGGGGCAGACAGAGCCCGCUACCCCAGCCUGCUGCGGAAAGUCAAGGAGGUGGCGGUGGAGCCUGCAGGAGCUCUUCCCAGGACGGAGUUUGAUCAGAUGUCCCUGGAGGUCCAAGAAGCUGAUGGUGACCUCCUGCAGAAAAGCGGUGUGCUGGAACCGCAGGCAUCAUCCACAGCCCUGCAGGCUCCGGGUCGAGAAGAACGCUCUCCACGCCGCUGUGUCCGCCUCCUGGAGUCCUGCCUGGGCCACCAGAUCCCCUGCUGCGACCCCUGCGCCACCUGCUACUGCCGCUUCUUCAACGCUUUCUGCUACUGCAGGAAGAUCAGCACCAAUUUCCCCUGUGGCAAGAACUAGUGCCGCCGGGCUGCCCGCUCCUCGCCCCUCAGGGCCGCUACGGGCCUCUCCCCACAAGCCUCUUCCUCUGCAGCUCCAAUAAAGCAGCCGAUAGCAAACCCAUCACUGAGCGA